UCAUACCUCCACGCCAUCCCGCAACCUCCUCAUUCCAGCAGAGAGGAAAACCGAGGGCAGACCCUGAGCGCAUUUUCACGUCCCCGCGCUCAUUCCUCGCAACACGGUGCCCGAGGGGGGUUUCUGAGAAAGGUUUGGGAUAAACUACAACAGACCGUGACUUCCCCCCUACUUCGUGUGUGUUUGGUGACUUUUUCCCGGCCGCGAAGGUCGAGAAGCAGCUGGUCUGUCGUCUUACCUGCCCCAUCCGCCGGUCCUCGGUGCGCCGUGCGCGGCCAGCAGCGUCCCCAGUUUGUUCCAGCUCCAAUUGAGCCACAUCCAGCUGAAAACAUCCCGCCUGUCCGAUUUGUGUCUUCAGGAUGAUGAUAAUGAGACAGCUUGGAGUGUUGAGUGCCUUUGUCCUGCUGACCCUGGCCGUCCUCACUGCAGCCAGACCAAAAGCAAAUCCUGACCAAAAGUGUAAGUCCGGUCCGAUGGAUCUGGUCUUCCUCAUCGACAGCUCCCGCAGCGUUCGAUCUCAUGAGUUUGAGACCAUGAGGAAGUUCAUGAUUGACAUCAUAAAGACACUGGACAUUGGACCUGAGGCCACCAGAGUGGGAGUUGUUCAGUACUCCAGCCAGGUUCGCAGCGAGUUCUCUUUGAAGACCCACGGCAAGCUGGAGAGCAUGGUGAAAAGCAUCAAUGAGAUCAUUCCCCUCGCUCAGGGAACCAUGACUGGACUCGCCAUCAGAUAUAUCAUGAAUGAAGCGUUUACUGCCGAGCAAGGAGACAGGCCCAAGGCCCCCAACGUGGCGGUGAUCGUGACGGAUGGACGUCCUCAGGACCGCGUGGCCGAGGUGGCGGCUGAGGCCAGAGAGAAAGGCAUUGAGAUCUUCGCAGUGGGAGUGGCCAGAGCUGAUAUGACGUCACUGAGGGCCCUGGCUUCUCCCCCCUUCGAAGACCACGUCUACCUGGUUGAGAGCUUUGAUCUCAUUCACCAGUUUGGGCUGCAGUUCCAGGACAAGCUGUGCGGGCUGGAUCUGUGUGUGGAGUCUGACCACGGCUGCGAGCACAUCUGUGAGAGCUCCCCGGGUUCCUACAGCUGCCUCUGUCUGCCCGGAUACACUCUGAAUGAUGACGGGAAAACAUGCACAGCCAUUGAUCUGUGCACUGAGAGAAAGCACAACUGUGAACAAAUCUGUAUCAGCUCUCCUGGUUCCUUCACCUGCAACUGCAACAAAGGUUACCAGCUGAAUGAGGACAAGAGGACGUGCUCAAUGAUCGAAUACUGUUCGUUUGGGAAUCACAGCUGUGAUCACAACUGCGUGAAUGUGCUCGGUGGUUUUUUCUGCACCUGUAAGGAAGGAUACAGGCUGCUGGGUGAUGGUAAAACCUGCCAAGCCAUUGACAUGUGCGCUGAGGGAAAACAUGACUGCGAACAAAUCUGUGCGAACAUGGGACCAGGCACCUUCACCUGCGACUGCAACGACGGAUACGCGCUGAACGAGGACGAGAAGAGCUGCACACCCAUUGACCUGUGUGCUGAAGGGAAGCAUGACUGUGAACAAGUGUGUGUAAGCGCUCCGGGCGUGUUCACCUGUGACUGCAACAAAGGAUUCAAACUCAACAGGGACAAGAAGACCUGCACAAACAUGCAGAUGUGUAACACGGUGGCGCACGGCUGCGAGCACCAGUGUGUGAGCACUCCCGGCUCUUUCUACUGUACCUGCCCCCAAGGGCAGCUGCUGCAGGAGGAUGGCAAGAGCUGCUCCUGCAAGUCUGCCAACAUCGACCUGGUGCUGCUGAUCGACGGCUCCAAGAGCGUCCGCCCUCAGAACUUUGAGCUCGUCAAAAAGUUUGUUAACCAGGUUGUGGACUCUCUGGAUGUGUCUGUUCAUGGUACCAGAGUGGGUCUGGUCCAGUACUCCAGCCGGGUCAGGACCGAGUUUCCUCUCAACAUGUACCACACGGCCGAAGAGAUCAAAGCUGCAGUCAUGAAGGUCGACUACAUGGAGAAAGGGACGAUGACAGGUCUGGCGCUGAAGCAGAUGCUGGAGAACAGCUUCUCGGAAGCAGAAGGUGCUCGUCCAGCCAGUCGCAACAUUCCCAGAGUCGGGCUGGUCUUCACAGACGGGCGAUCCCAGGACGACAUCAGCGAGUACGCCAAGAAGGCCAAGGAAGCAGGAAUCACCAUGUACGCCGUGGGAGUGGGGAAAGCGGUGGAAGACGAGCUGCGUGAGAUUGCUUCUGAGCCCAUGGAGAAACAUUUCUAUUACACCACUGACUUCAACGCCAUCAGCACCAUCGCCGAGAACCUCAAACUCAAUGUCUGCCCAGCAGAGAGUCAGGGCGAGAUUGAGGUGAAGGAUCCGUGCGCCUGUGAGAACCUGGUGGAGUUCCAGCAGGCCACCAUGAGCAGCCUGCAGCAGUUCACACAGAAACUGGCUGGGAUGGCGGCCCGUUUGGAGCAACUGGAGAACCAGCUUCUCUCCAGGAAGUGAUCCCAUCGUCACGUCCGACACAGAGGAAGAACAGUGAAAGAUUCGAGGCGGGCACAUUAACCCAUUAAGACCUGCAGCGCACGCCUCACACUUGUAUGUAGCGGGUCGUCAGAGGUUAAAGGGCGAAAUCAGAGAGCGCCCAGAUCAAUACACAAAAUUAAAAAAAAACAACCUUUGCAACCUUGAGUUGCUCCGCUGCUCUGUAUCCUUGCAGGAGUGUGAGAAUAGUCUGGAAGCUUGGGAUGCAGCCUCCUUUUUUUUUUUUUGUGCAAUCACUCUCAAUCACUCUUUAACCAGACUGAUAUGCAAUGAUGGGCAUUUCUUAAAGUUUUUAUGUGCCACAGAACAACCAACAUACAAGAUAAUGUUCAAAUUCGUUACACAUCUGGAUGUACCAUUAGCCGUAGCUCCUCAUACGUGCAGCAAGACUGCUUAAAGCACAUUAGCAUGACUUUUGUAAACAAGAUAUGAGUGAAAUGUAGAUAUUAGACAAAAGCACAAAACUUUACUGGCAGGUUAUGUCAUAUUUCCCCACUGUUUGUCUGCUUCUUUGAGUUCUCUGUUUAUACUUGAUCUGUUUUAUACAGCGUGUUAAAUAUGGGGUAUUAAUAGCAGGCUGAUGUUUUUAGUUGUCAGCAGAAAAGUGUACGGAUGUUAGAGGAAUGACGUCUUAUUACCACUGCUGACAGUAAAGCAGGCUCCGCUCAUUUUUUCACGUGAAAUAACCUCUUGUUGGCCUGCUUUUUGCGUUGUUGAGGACUGUGGAGGAGGAAUCUGGGCUGGAUCUAAAAACAGGGAAUUUAACAACUUUUACACGUGAAAGCUCACUUUAGCCGCGGUCUGUUGUUACCGGCAGAAACUAAAAGAACGUCACCGGAAAUAGUGCUCAGUAUUUUAAAAUCAGCCAGUUUGGUCUUCCUUUUUCACUUUGCACUUUCUGGACUUUAUAACAAAUCACCUCAAAUAUUCUCUUUCAUUCUUAACCAUCCCACUCGUAAAGUGCUUUGCUUGUCCGUGUUAGUUGAAAAGUUUGAAUUAACACGAGGAAAACUCAAAUAAAGACGCCUUCUACAUAACAAAGACUAGAACAAGUAAAAUCAAACGUAUAAGAUCUCUCAGUUGUAUCAUCAGCACUGAGAAGCUUUACUGUAAAUUAAUAUAAAUGCCUUAGUUUAGUGCCGUUUUGUAUUAAAUAAAAGACCAUAAACUUAUACCCCUUAAUAUUUGAGUUCCUGUAUGUUUUGUAUAUUUUCUAAUAUCUCUACUUUUUUGUAUUUUUCUAAUGAAUCUCUGUAUUACAGAAAAGAAAACAAUAAAGAAGUGAACUUUU